ACGGCCGACGCUGCACUCAACAAUGAGGAUAGGAGCAGUGCUUCUAGUGGGGUGUCUACUACUAGGCCUCUGCAAUGGUCAAUUUGGGGUGGGAGUCCCCUACGCUAGACCUGCCAAGGAGUCUCCGUCCAAUGACUUACAGCCUGGCACAGACAUCGGACUGGACAGAAUACAGGUAGUGAGUUCAGCUUUGAGAGUGACUCCUCAUAGAGACCGACCCCGAGGCAAGCGAGCGACUGUCACUUCAUGGAGAAGACCUCGACAGCAUCAGUUUGUCACCAAGGAGGACAGAGUUUCUCCCCCCGCCAUCAUCAGGGUCUACCCCCCAGCCCCCGCCCCCUCUGCAGCCAGACGCAAGGGCAAGAGAAUCAUCUACUAUGCCACUCUGCCUGAGAUAGUUCGACCUCCCGGAUGGUAUGAUCAGCGGCUGGACUACUACGACACCAGAGCCUCCAGUCCUCAGCAGUACCGCCAACCCAUAUACAGCGGAUACACAGGCUAUCAGGGCUACCACAACAACGAAAACGAAGUCACCAGAGUUCAGUCAAACAUCAUUGAUGUCACUCCACCCAGAAAUAGGUUUUCUUCAACGCCAAAGUUCACUAUCAUAGACGUAGAGCCUCCUUACAACUACAACAAUUACAACAACUACAACAACUACAACCGCUACAGCUACAACCCCUCCUACCCCUCAUGGCAGCGACGCCCCUCCCUCCCCCCCUCCUAUGAUAGGCCAGAGCCUUCCCUAGAGCCUGUUAAGUUGGAGAUUCCCACAACUCUACAGUCAGCCUCCAACUCUACGGAUAAUGACAACUCUACACGCCUCGUCCCUGAUCUCUCUAAUUCGCCGAUCUCUAUUCGAUCUUCGUCUAAAUUUAUAACGUAGUCUUAGUUUUAUUCUUAGCCUUUAAAAGUUGUAAAAUUGUGAUGAAUUGGAAAGUACUCAUUUUGAUUCUAUUCAAAUAUUGUUGAAAUUAUUGUUAAGAACUCAUAUUUUUUUAUGCAAUG